GGUGACGUCAGCGAGUUGCGCGGUGGCUGUAAUGGAGGAUGCGAGUGGGGUUUUCAGGCAGUAAAGGAGACGGGCUCCUGGUCUAAUAGUUAAAGAGUUCUCACAGCCCGCUCCCGUCUGACGCAGGUAUUGAGGGCGUGCAAAGAAUCUCAGGUGUAGGGCUUUAAUGAAGGCGACUUGAAAUUGGCAUCAUGCCAGCAGCAACAGUAGAUCACAGCCAAAGAAUCUGUGAGGUCUGGGCUUGUAACCUGGAUGAAGAGAUGAAGAGAAUACGGCAAGUAAUUCGGAAAUUCAACUAUGUUGCAAUGGACACAGAAUUUCCGGGUGUUGUAGCACGGCCAAUUGGCGAAUUCAGAAGCAAUGCAGACUAUCAGUACCAACUGUUGCGCUGUAAUGUGGAUUUACUGAAGAUUAUACAGCUGGGGCUGACGUUUGUAAAUGAACAGGGCGAGUACCCUCUAGGCACCUCUACAUGGCAAUUUAAUUUCAAAUUUAAUCUCACGGAGGACAUGUAUGCACAAGACUCAAUAGAGCUUCUUACAACAUCUGGUAUCCAGUUUAAAAAACAUGAGGAGGAAGGAAUUGAUACAAUGUAUUUUGCAGAAGUUCUUAUGACGUCUGGUGUGGUAUUAUGUGAAGGUGUCAAGUGGCUUUCAUUCCAUAGUGGGUACGACUUUGGCUACUUGAUCAAAAUACUUACCAAUUCAAACUUACCUGAAGAAGAACCAGACUUCUUUGAGAUCUUGAGGUUGUUCUUCCCUGUAAUUUAUGAUGUGAAAUACCUCAUGAAAAGCUGCAAAAAUCUCAAGGGUGGUUUGCAGGAAGUAGCUGAACAGUUGGAAUUGGAGCGAAUUGGGCCACAGCAUCAAGCAGGAUCAGAUUCACUGUUAACAGGAAUGGCCUUCUUCAAAAUGCGAGAGAUGUUCUUUGAGGAUCACAUUGAUGAUGCCAAGUACUGUGGUCAUCUGUAUGGUCUUGGUUCUGGUUCAUCAUAUGUUCAGAAUGGCACGGGGAAUGCAUAUGAAGAGGAAGCUAAUAAACAGCAGCCUUGACCUGAAAUGGGGAGAUUAAUUUUUUGGGCCACAUAUACUGGAUCUGAUUUUUAUCUUAUGUCUGAGUUGCUCAGACCUUCAGGUUUUCAUCAUUUCCCUGUUCUUUCUGUUCACUAGAUUUGUGCCAAUACUUUGAUCAUUCUGCCCUUGGUAAUGAAACUCAUUGUUAUUAUAAUUUGCCCAGCUAUUUGUAGUACAUACAUUUUCUUUCACAAGUUGCUAGAAAAUAACUACCUGGAUGAAUUUUCAAGCAGUUAUUUUUCUCUCUUCUUUCUGAAAGCUAAAAAUGCAUCAUCUGGUUAUAUGUCGUUCCAAUCUAAUAUGUGGCACUUAAAAUAAAGAUAACAGGAAUUUUAGCUAUUCAGGAUUGUGGACCAUCAAAUUUGCACUUUAGAGAGUGACUGGUUCCUCUAUUUUAUGGGAAUGUUGCUGCUUGUUCUCACAAGUGAGAUAAGAAAGCCCAGAAACUUGAACUACUUCACACCAUGGAGUUACCGUUUGUGGAUUUUCUGUGCCUGCUGGCUUAGUGUGACAGCGUCUCCACCUACUGGUUUGUGGUAACGAACAAUAUUACUGAAGCUCUUGUAUUUGCUGCAGUCAAAAAAAGGAAGUCUGUAAGUGUUGCCUUACAUCUUUCUUUUAUUCUUCUGGGAAUGUUUCCCGUACACACGCAGUCUGACAUAUUCAGAAGUGCAGCUAGCUGAACCAAAACCAGCACCUCGCAACACACUGUGUUACAGCUACUACAUCUGUUUGUACAUUCUAGCUGCAUUGUUGUAAUAAAAUAUAACUUGAACGAGUUUAAUUUUAGUUUAAAAAGAGAAAAUUUAUACUUAUCACAGCUUAGCACUGAUGUCAUUAGUGUCAGAUUAUGUACAUGAUGCAAUGUUGUUUAUGACACAGGCUUUUUUUCAAACGGAAGAAUGUUCUGAGAUUUAUUCAAGCUCUGCUUUGUUACAAAAAAUGUUUUCAUCCUCAGUAGCAGUAAUUAAUUCCAACAAUGCAGGGGCAUCUCAGUUACACCAAAGUUAGGCUUCCUCCAAAGUUAUCGCUGAAAUGUUUUUUUAAAAGCACUCUCUAGCAUGCAUGAAGCUUUUAACUUCAAGAUUGUCUCUGACCAGUUUCCUUUUCAAAACAAGAGUACAGGAAUUUUUGUCUUCUAAUCUCAUUUUAGCCAUUGUUUUUAAGUUCAGCUUACCUACCUUCCAAACCAGUAGAAAACUAGGCUUCAACUCCCUUUGGCUAAUUAUUGCAUUAUUUCUGUGGAUCAGCUGGUGGCAGGAAGCAUAUGUUAAGAAACCAGGCUUUUCCCAGAAUGAUUACCACACCUAGCGGCGAAGUUGGGAACUAGCCAAAAACGUUUUGGAGAUUUGGGUUGCUGGUCUGUAGAGGUUUAAACUCCUGAGGGAGAGAUAGACAAUUGUUACUUUACUUUAAUGGUGCAAAGUCAGUCAUAAUUAUAAAGCAUUGAGAGUCAUGUUUAGCAGGGCUUUCAAAACAUGUUACCACACAAGACAGAAUUGAUACUCAAACAAAAUCAGUAUUUCUGUUUUAUUUACCAUUUUACUUGAGUAGGAUCAAACAAUUUAAUUUUUUUAAACAAUCUUUGAAAGGGCAUACUGUCUUUUUGCAGUAUUGCAAUUCCAUAAGUAUCAUUGCAUAAGUAUAUCAGCUGAGAGUGAUGCUGGUUUUGAUGCAGCAUGACUUGCUAUGCAACCCCUUUAGUACAUUAUAUAUGAGCUGUAAACUCCAUGUAAUAUAUUAUUGAGUCGUAUGCAUUGUAUCCUGCAUGCCCUCUAGAGCAGCUAUGGAGGACGACCUUUGCUGAAUAGUUGGUACUUGCCUGAAACCAUCAAUCGCAUGUUGCAAAAUUCAGUUAUUAGAUUUCAGAGCUUGGGAAAAGGUCAAAAUCUCCCGACCAGUGUGACUACAAUGUAAUUAUUGUGUUCUGUUCUUUCAUUAUGUUACAGAACUGUAACCUAAUGGACCUUUUUUUAAAGCAAUUAUGUGGAAAAACAAGGUAUUAUUUGUUUUUAAACUUUUUGUAAAUAAAGGCUUCCGAUUUGUUUCUUACUUACAUAA